GUGUCUGACGAAUUCGCUCAUACCGAUGUUGAGCUCACAUGUAUUGACGCUUUAUUCAGGGCACGUGGACUAGGUGCAUUAUCAGGCGGUUUCUUAUUCAAGGUCUCUUGUAACAUGGCGCGGCGUCUUCUAUCAACUCAGUCACAAUUGCUAAAUCUCCUUGGAAAACAUUUUAAAUUUGAAAUCGCUAUAGGAUUAAAUGGACGCAUCUGGCUGAAAGGACCUGUACAUGGAGAUAUUAUCACUAUUCACAACAUUAUAAAAUGGUCUGAAUAUGUGCUAGAAUGUGAUAUGUCAAAAUAUGUCGAAGAUGGAAUUCGUAAUUCAAAACCUAUUGCUGUGAUGGAAAGUGCAGUCGAAGAAAACGCAGAGGAACGAAGUGUCUAA